CUUGAAUGUCAUUUUUAAAAAAGCAACACCGUUCAGAUUAUGCCAUUUUGUAUGAAAGUUAUGUCUAAACUGAUUGGAUUAUUGUUUUAAACUAUAAGUCAGUUUAUUUGUUAAAAGAAACAUUAUACAAACAUUCUGACUGACAUGAAAAGUUUCUUCAAGUAAGCUGAAAUAAUGUACGACCUUUUGCUGAAUAAGGUAUCGACAAGAAAAUCAACAAUGAAACACAGCGAGAAUUCAUUAGGACUUUCCACAUCAAGUACAGACGAUGCAGAAUGUUCCCAAGGAAAAGCACGUGAAUUGUCAAGAACUUGCAACAACAAUUCAGAUAUGGUCACAUGUCUUAAUACUGAACAUGAAAACCAACAAACUACUUCAAAUCCGUUUGACUACAGGAAGGAGGAAAGAGAAUCAAGCAUAUUCAACAUGCCUCAAAGAGCAAAACAUUAUAAAGCGGGGUUACGGAGGUCCGGAAUGUUUAAAUCAAGACAGCCAAGCAAUGAACGGGAACUGGCAGAUCCAAUGCGUCAUCAGGUGGCAAUAGUCAAGUCCUAUAAGUUGCUGAAAGAGGAGCUACAGAGACCUGAUGUCAUUAGGAUAUCUAACAAACUAUUUCCUGAAGACAGAGAGCUACAAUUGGAGAUUGAAUCCGCAAACAAAAGGAGACGGGUUGUAGAUAUUCUUUUAAAGAGGAUUUUAGCAUGUUCAAACGAAAAGAAAUCGCAGUUUAUUGGAGAAUUAAGGACUGUCCAAUGCAGCAAACUUCUUGUUGAUACCAAAGAAGUCACCGAAGAGGAUUUAACAAGUAUUUUUUUUUUGGAAUAUAUAGACAUUUUUACGACGCGGUCCUCUGUUGUGCAAGACUGUAUUUUCUCGCACAUGCUAAUUUGCGUAGGGCAGAAACUUUACAAUCUUUACAAACUUUAUAAACAUUUUAAUCAGGGAUGUUAUAUUUUCGACUCUUAAAGA